UUGAAAAAGGAGCUUUAAUAUGUUGCCUUUGGUGUGAUUACAUUUAUUGGGGUCCCUGUGCAUUUUCAAGUCCAAUGAAAGCGAGCCCCUGGGAACGAGGGUUACGAGGCCCAAGGAUGAAAAGUUUUGGAAGUCUGCAAGUUUUCAUAAAAAAUCAUUUUACUGCAAAUGUAUUACGCCCUAGAGUUAGGCCACGYAGAUUCUUCACUUCUUCUUGUGAARGGAAAGCUAAAAAUGUGCUGCUCGCUUGUUCUCCUUUGUCAGCCAAGAUGGACGAGAAGGUCACGAUCAACGUUGAAGGUCUUGAACCAAACCARAAGGUAUCUCUUCAAGCUAAACUAGUGGGAGAUUCAAAUGACAGAUWUCAUUCACUGGCUCACUACAUAGCAGACCAACAAGGCCGAGUUUGUUUGAAUUCUCAGCCUUCUGUUGGAGGGUCGUAUGUUGGCGUUGAGCCGAUGGGAUUUAUGUGGAGUCUCCAACCUGAGCCAAAUCAGAAACCUGGUCGACGACUGGUUAAAAGAGACGUGACAAAGYCUUAUUUAGUAAACCUMUCGGUGCUGGAAGGACAUGUCGAAAUUCUGGAAACGGAAAAUUGUUUUCCAUUGUCGAGUUUAACGAUCGAGAGGCAUUACAUGUCAGCUGGUGUAAGGAGGAUUGAUGUCCGUGAAGGACGGUUAAGGGGGACACUGUUCCUUCCCCCUGGUGAUGGUCCAUUUCAAGGGGUGAUUGUUGUYCAUAAUCCCUUUGGCUUUUUGUCUGAAGAGAGGACCUCAUUACUAGCAUCAAWUGGYUWUGCAGCAUUUUGUUUAGGCUACUGGGGUUAUGAYGACCUCCCAAAAGAUCUUAAAGAUCUUGAAUUUGAGUAUUUCCUUGAAGCUGUASAAUGGUUCAAAAACAACCCUUAUGUUUCUCCUGGUGSGGUUGGAUUGCUUGGAAUAUCAUCUGGUGCAACCAGGGCCUUGUUUCUUGCAUCCCACUGUAAAGACAUUAAACCRUURGUUUGGAUAUCAGGGCAGCAUAAACUUGUUGAGGGAAUGAAAUACAAAGGGCAGCAACUAGAWWRUUAUCCUAUAGACUACACAAAGCUGAAACAGAAUGAAGAUGGAAGCAUUARUUUACGUGAAUGCUACAACAAUGACAAUCCUUGGUCAGGYRACACCAAAGAUGACCCACAAGUUAUUCCUGUCGAAAAUGCCAACGGUCCAUUUCUGCUUAUUUUUGGUACAGAUGACCAGAGUUGUUGUGCAGACAUAAGURCAGCCAAAAUCCRCAAAAGGUUGGAAGCGUUUGACAAGGCGGCUAGCUGUACUGUUGUUGGUUACCAUGGUGCUGGACAUUUUAUAAAUCAUCCGUAUAUUCCUCCUACCCAAAUAAGUUUCCAAAAAUCACUGGGGAUAACCAUUAACUGGGGAGGUGAAUUUAUGGCUAAUGUCUCUGCACAGGAAGAUUCUUGGACUAAAAUCAAGACGUUUUUUAGAGAAAAUCUGAGAAAUAAUAAUCCAAAAUCUAAGCUAUGAAGAAUAAUAAAAAUAUUUUGGUGUUGAAUUUCUUUUAUGAAAUUUACAAAACAGAAGCAAMCUUGUUCUCAGGCRCUUAUACCUUCGCUUGGGAUCAUAUCAAAGSGAUAAGGGCCUGAGAAAAAGACUUAAAGCGGACCACUAGAAAAAUGUCUUUGAACAGACCAUUGUUCUUUAUGAAUACCAUUUACUAAAUUAGAGUGCUUGCACUAAAUGCGUGAAAUAUAAAUACUACAAAAUAAAAAUAAUAUAUAAAAAUGAUAAAUUAUACAAAUUCCUUUGUUUCCUAUUGUAUAAUCAACACUAUUUAGUAGUAAUUAGUACUAUUUGUUUCACGCUUUAAGUGCAAGCACUCUAUUGCACAACAUCACAACAUAGUAAUAACAAAUUACUACAAUAGGCAGAUGUUUUUUAAAUGUUUUCUUCCUAGAAGAAUAAAAUAUGAAAAGUAAUUAUG